ACAGUGAAGUAACUCCCUCAUAUGUGAGACACCGUCGGUCAUGUUGAGUUCUAAAACGGAAGUUGGCAGCGCUAAAAACGCACCUGAUUACAACCGAAUCCAGUCAGCGUCCAACUUGAAGCAUCAUUUGCUGUCCGACUGAGAGCGGCCGGCGUCUCUUCAUCAAUACUCCCACCAUCCUUACUACGAACUACCGCCGCCGAGCAGCACAACAAAUAAUGUACAGCGUCCUGUUGUUCCCAAUAUCUGCACUUUAUGGGGUGUUGGGGCUCUUAUUUCAGAUCCUUUUGACCUUCCUUUUACCUUCGAUCGAUCCCAAUGAUGGUAUUCAUCUUGCUGUUAGUCCUCGAUGCGGUCCACUGUCUGGCACAGCAUCGGACUUCAACGCUGGUUUAAAUCUUCCUCAAUAUAAUACCAUCGUUGCGUUUGGCGACUCAUUCACCGAUGGCGGGAGACAUGACGGUAGCCCUCUCGAACCGGCCGUGAUGAUACCACCAGAUGUCUUCGCAGGUGGUCGUUCGACCAACGGACCCGUUUGGGUCGAGGGCAUUGCCAGUGGCAUUGGCGCCCGGGUCAUGGAUUAUGCCUGGUCAAGCGCUGUUACAAACAUCAGCUUAUGGCCUAGCAACCCAUAUCCUCGGGACUUUAUCAUGCAGACAACAACAUUCAUAAACCAAUCCAAUAACUUGGAUCCUGAGACCACUCUGUAUGCGGUAUUCUUUGGAAUUAACGACUGGGGGGACUCCUUUGUGGACGGAAACCACCUACCAGAAGCAGCGCAAGAUAUGUUAGGCCAGAUUGCUCUUCUUGCUUCUCCGCCUACAAAUGCCCGCAACUUCCUCAUUACCGAUGCAUACGGCCGCGGGACUCAUAACGCACGGGGGGAGGCGUGGCUUCAAUCAAUUGUUGAUGGUCUCGUCGCAUUCCGCUCUCAGGAUCCUCCAUUGAAUCUGGCUUUUGUCAAUUUUGCGACCAUCUGGGACGGGGUGCUUGGAUCUGAUCCGGGCUAUGAGGCUUUUGGGUACACGAACCCAGGUGCAUGCUUCAUUGAUGGCAACACCUGCGAUGACCCCGAACAUUACUUCUGUUGGUUCGACGGACAUCCUUCCAAACAGACUCAUAGGAUCAUGGCGGACUACGUGGAGGAGGUACUGACGCAUUGUCGCGUAUAAUUAAUCAUGUUCGUGCUCUCUGUUUUGAUCCGCAAGUCCAACCAAGAACAGAAACUCAGAUCUUUCAAUGUAUGUACUAUCUUCGAGUAACAUCAUGUAGCACACAGUAGUGUUCAUCAGCAGCGCUAUC